CUGCAGAGCUCGACUCUCUCUCUCUCUCUCUCUCUCUCUCUCUCUCUCGAUCCGCAACUAUAGCCAUUAAUGGAGAGCUCCAGACCUCGAUCGUUUUUCCAAGACAUCAACUCGAGGGAGCUAAACGGAUUCAGAGUUCGGAAACGACCCUAUUUCGACAACGAUUCAUCCAGAUUCUGUCAGAUUGGAGCUGUUGCCGUUGAGCACAACAGGGUCGAUCCCAAUGCACCCCCAGGUCCCCCACUAGCCAUUUCAUUCUGCAAGUCUAGCAGAAAUUCCCAUAUUCUUUCCGUGUCCGAUGAGGAUGGGUACGUUAGCAUUUUCGACAGUCGUCGGAAGUUUCCAUCUUUUGCAUCUUACCAAGAAAAUGCAGAGAAAGCCCGGCUUUGUGAGUGGGUUGCACACCGUAAUGCCGUCUUUGAUGUAUCUUGGAUCAAGGAGGAUGCCCAAAUUCUGACAGCCUCAGGAGAUCAAACAAUAAAGGUGUGGGAUUCACAGGAACAAAAAUGUAUUGGAGUGUUAAUUGGCCACACAGGAAGUGUAAAAUCCUUGUGUUCUCAUUCAACAAAUCCUGAUGUUCUUGUCUCUGGUUCAAGAGAUGGGUCCUUUGCUCUAUGGGACUUGAGAUGCAAAUCUAGCUCUAGAAGGCAUGGUGAGCUUAGAAUAACCUCAACUGCUGCAGUCAAAUGGGCACAUAUUUCACCACUUGGAAAGCGGGUUAGGCGUAGUAAGGCAGCUUCCAUGAGCAUUACAUCAGUCCUUUUUCUCAAAGAUGAGGUCUCCAUUGCCACUGCUGGAGCAGUGGACAGCACCGUGAAAUUCUGGGAUACUAGACAUCUAAAAUCUGUACUUACUCAGACAUGCCCCCAUUACGAGUCAUCAAAUGAAAAGGAUAGAAGAGUACAUGGCAUAUCUAGCCUGUCCCAAGAUUCAAAUGGAGUGUUUCUUUCAGCUUCAUGCAUGGAUAAUAGAAUAUAUCUAUACAAUGUUCUUCAGCUAGAAAAGGGUCCUAUUAGAUCUUUCUCCGGGUGCCGAAUAGAAUCAUUUUUUGUAAAGUCGACAAUUAGCCCUGAUGCAGCUCACAUACUUGGUGGCUCUAGUGAUGGAAAUGCUUACAUAUGGCAGGUGGACAAACCCAAAGCAGAUCCUGUUGUAUUAGAAGGUCAUGGAGAAGAAGUUACAACAGUAGAUUGGUGUCCGUCUGAGGUUGAUAAAAUAGCAACUUCUUCAGACGAUUUCACGGUUCGCUUUUGGAAAAUUCAGGGCAGUUGUUCAAACAAACGAUCUCCAUCUGCCAUUCGACGUAGAGUAAUGGCAACUCCCGGUAUGGAAUGUAGACAGUUUUUCAAUGAAGGACAAAUAGAACUCAGGAAAAGUCCUGAGAGAUUGUGUCAGUCAGAUAAAUUAUUGAACCAAUUUGGCUUACCGAAUCCCACUACAAUGCCAAAGAUCACUACUCCCAAGUCCCAAAAGACAAAUUUCUCGUCAGGUUUGAAUUUAGAAGAAAUGUUUGAGAAAACCCCGGAAGCUGCUGCUCGGAGUCCGUCUUCUGUUUUCAGUCCUCCUUCCUCCCUCAAGAAAAAAACUAUCCGUGAUUACUUUCUGUCAACAUAAAAUUUAUUGGGACUUUCACACUGGGAAGUUUUUGUACACAAUAUGAUGUAGAUUGUUGUGCUGGGACAAAUCAUGAACUUCAUUAAGAUUUCAAGGUUGUACUAAUAUGUGAAUUACACAGGAUGAUGAUUCUUUCAUGGGAAAAACAGGCUCUGCUGCGAUUAAUUGAUCUGAGUUAUUCUUGUUCUCCUUCCUAGAUAUAUUAAAAAAAAUGUAAGAAUGGGACAAGAAAAUGUUUUUCCUCCCUGGACUUAUGUUCAAAUAUUUUUUAUUACUACAAAGUUUUGAUCCUGCUUCCAAAUAUCCAGAUAUAAUUGUC